CAGACGAAGACAUCUCUGACUCCUUGCUGAUCAAUUUGGAACCAUGAAUGCUGUGUUUGUCCUGUUGGUGAUGCUGGUAGGAGUCCCUCAUGGUGAAACUCUCUGCGAUGGCAGGAAAGAUGGAGCUGUGUGUUAUGGAGCUUUGGGAGGAACUGUGGUUCUGCAGCUGGUGGAUGAUGCCUCUGAAAUACCAAGAUAUGAGUGGAAAAAUGAAACAAUAGUGAUACUGAAAGGGACAAGUAGCAGUGUUAUAAUAAAUCACAUAGAAGAAAGGUCUCUCUUCACCCUCAGUAAUGGAACACUGAUGAUCAAUAACCUGAACAGGAAGGACAGUGGUAUCUACACUCUGAAGCUCUUUGACAAAAACUUGAGGAUAUCAGAAGAGAGGACUCUAAACUUAUCAAUUCAAGCUCGUGUGACGUCUGUCCAGCUGACCUCUGAGUGUCUCUCUGAGGGAGAAAAGAGGAUCUCCUGCUCCGCUGGGGGAGGGGACAGUCCUCAGUUCAACUGGACUCUGGAUGGACGCAGACUGACAGAGGAGGAGCUCGUCUCUGGUGCUGAUGAGACCAACAGUGUGACUCUGAAGCUCCAUGUUUCAGGACAGCUGGUCUGCUGGGUCCACAAUCACGUCAGUUAUGCCUCCAGAACAAUGGAGUUAGAUACCUGUGGCUAUAUAUUCAUUAACUGCUCAUUAUGCAAUGGGACACAAAUAUCACAGUGGGUAUAUGAAGCCAAUAACACGCUGUGUCUUCAGACAACAACAGUCCCUCCUACCACCUUUUGGGAUAAGGAGACCGGCAUUGGUUUAGUUAAACCCUCCAAUAAUGUCACAUCCUGCAAUGAAACUGAGCCUCACAAGAAUGAUGAGCAUUGGUUCAUUUAUCCCUCCGGGCUUGUCUGUGGUUUGCUGACACUGGUGGGAUUUUUCUCAGUCAUUGCAAUUUUCAUCUAUUUUACUUGGAAGAAAAACAAAUACAAAAAGGAAGGAAGAUCCUCCAGGAAUGAGGAAGAGAGUGGAUCUCUGUGAUCUGAUGGGUGAAAUAAGAAAUCCUGCUUCCUAAACCCACACCUAAUGCUGUAUUUUUCCAUGAAUACAAUUUGGAAAAAAUAAUCUGUACUUCAUGGAAUGUUUCACUUCUUAUUCAUUCAGGAGCAUGUCAAUCACGAAACACAGAACAAAGCACACAGUGUUAAAAAAAACAAAUAGUAAA